CUCACCUAUCUUCUUCUCCCUUUCCCCUUCACUACUACUAAUACUCCUACACGUGCAUAGAGAAGUUUGAGACGCAAUUACAAACAUGCAGGAACACUAUGAUCAACAUGAUGAAGAUGAAGCUAUACUAGAGCUCACUCUUUGGCCACAUGGACACCAUCAAAACUCUUCUUCUGCUUCUUCCACUAGUACUACUACUUGUGAUGGAUACAUGCAAGAUGACAAGUGUUGUCAUGAGGAUGUGAGUGUUUCUCUCUCUAUUGGUCUUUCAAGUAUUCCAAAUGUCGGUGCAAAUGGACUUAGUAGCAUUGCCACUCCAAGUCAGUACUGGAUACCUUCUGCUGCUGAGAUCCUUGUUGGAGCUACACAGUUUUGCUGUCAUGUUUGCAACAAGACUUUCAACCGGUUCAACAACAUGCAGAUGCACAUGUGGGGGCAUGGGUCACAAUUCCGAAAAGGGUCGGAAUCACUACGAAGAGGGCAAGCGCCGGGGACAAUGAGACUGCCGUGCUAUUGUUGCGCCGAAGGCUGCAAGAACAACAUUGAACACCCACGUUCACGGCCGCUAAAAGACUUCCGAACACUGCAAACACAUUAUAAACGGAAGCAUGGUGUGAGGCCGUACUCAUGCCGGAGAUGCACCAAGGCCUUCGCGGUGCGUGGCGACUGGCGCACACACGAGAAGAACUGUGGUAAACUCUGGUUUUGCAUCUGUGGGUCUGAUUUCAAGCACAAGAGAUCUCUCAAGGAUCAUGUCAGGUCCUUUGGUGGUGGUCAUGGUCCUCAUAUUUUAGAGUCUUUCAAGGUUGAUGAGGAUGAAAAGGAGGGCACUGAUGGUGAUGAUUAUGGUGAUGAGGAACUCAAUCAUUCCUUGAUGUGAAUGAUGUUACAUUAUGAUGUAUGUAAUAAUGAUGAUGGUGAUGAUGAUGGUGAUGAUGAUGAGGUUUGGAACUAUUUGGUUGAGUCUUUGGUUAAUUACUGUUCUCUAGUUUUUCUCAUUGCAUGCAGUA